AUAAAACUUAAUUCAAAGUGUUUAUAACUACAUUUAGAAAUUUUCCGCUUAGGAAUUAUAUCAAAAUAUGGAUUCAAGUUUUGAGUGUUUAAUAGGUUAAUAUCUAAAAACUGUGAUUUAUCUGUUGAAGUCGUCACAGUUUCCCAUGUCGUCUCUAAUUUCAUUUGCAUUUAACUAGUCUAUACUUCUUUCAUUUCAGCUUCAUUCACAUUUCUCAAUUUCCUGAACUUCAUCAUAAGCUUGCAUGGUGCUUCCGCGGUAAAAUUUUCUACAGUUCUGAUAGAACGGAAUGGUGGCAUAAUCUGUUCCGGGUCAUUAAAGGAUCCAGAGACAGCCCUCACGGCAGCUAGCUGUGUAAUGGAAGGGGGUGUUGAAGAAUACAGGGUUUUCUUGGACCAGGAGCUGACAAACGCUGCAAAGAUUAAAUCCAUUACAAAAAAUGAAAUGAGAGGUGAUUACAAUGACAUUGCUAUGCUGCACUUGACCAAACCUGCUAAGAACAAGAAGAAUGGCAAAACUAUACGAGUGAAAGGUCGAUACCCUACCAGAGUCUACGACGACAAAAUACUCGAAUAUUAUCAGCCAAGAUGUCUGAUAUUAGAUCCAGUCAACGGAAAAGAUACUGAAGUUGAUGUUUUGCCGAAUUCAAAAUGCUCCAGAUACUUGGACAGGUCAAUAAAAGAUGAACAGAUUUGUGUACAUAGAAAUAAAGGGCAAAGGAAGAAAUGUCCGAUUGGUCUGGGUAACCCUAUCGUCUGCAGAAUAAAUAACGGACAGUGGGUGCAGAUUGCAAUUCAUAUAGAUGGCAGUGAUUGUUCAAGUAACACAAUGGUAGCGACUAGGGUCUCGAAGUACCGGUCGUGGAUGCGCAAUCACGGGCAAGAAAACAGUAUUUCCGAUAAGGAAAAUAACAACAGCGGCAAGGGAGAAAACCAGACUGAAGGUAGUAAUGGGGUCACUGAUACUGGUGACAGUGCAGAACCCGGAAACAGUGGAACGGAAAGCACGGAACCAACGCAAAGGACUUGCAACGUAAGUGAAUUUAGAUGUUCGGACGGAACCUGUAUUCCAAGAAAUGCGGUCUGUGAUGGUAAAAACGAUUGUCUCUGUGGGUUAGACGACGAAAGUUCAUGUGGUUGCACCUUGGCUGGUACAGAAUUUGUUACUGGCUUUUUAAACAACGUUGGACCAGAAGUAUCCAUUUUGUAUGUAUCAGCACCGGAGGUGACGAGUGUAACGGUAUCAAUACCGUUAUUAUCUUAUGAAGAAACAAAGUUGGUACAAGGGGCAGAAAAAUGGAGCAUCGAAGAUACUACACUCAUAAUAGCAGAGAGAACUGCAAACAAAGGUGUGCAUAUCACCUCUGACAAACCAAUCACAGUAGUUGCUGCUAACAGCAGAGAAUUCUCUUAUUCGACUAUAGAUGGAACGAUUGUUUACCCGGUGAGUUGUUUAUCCACUGAUUAUCUGGUGGAAGUACAGAGUCACCGAUUCCACAAAACGAGUCAGUAUACAAUAAUUGGCACGCAGAGUACCGCAACAGAUGUCACUAUAGUCAACAAAAAAGGAAAGGUUUUCAACGUCCAGUUAGGCUUCUUGGAUACUUAUUUUGUACAGGAAAAGGAUCUUAGAGGAACAUCUAUAACUGCUACAAACAACAUAGUCGUGAUAUCCGGCUCGGAAUGUGGAUACGUUCCGUCGACCAUGACCGCCUCCUGCGAUCACCUUGUCAAUCAAAUUCCACCACGGUCAACAUUCGGUAACGUUUAUAUUGUAUCCCAACAGAAACCAAGAACUGGCUUUUCAUUCCGAGUUAAGGUUACUGAAGAUAAUACUACGGUAGUACUGCGACAGAUGAAUGGCGAUCUUGUCGAAAAGACAACACUAGAUAUUGCAACAGAGUAUGUCAAGACAUAUCUUGAUUCACAGCCAUUAUCUAUCAAAGCGAAUAAGGGAGUGAUGGUUACACAGUAUGCUCUUGAUGCUCAAAUUGACGGUGUCGGACAAGGUGAUCCUUCAAUGAUCGUCCUACCAGCUCUAAAUGCCUUUGAUACAUUUUACGAGUUUGUCAUCCCCGAUCAUUUUCUGCGUAUUGGCCUGACAAUCUAUAUCAGUGCAUGCCAUGAUGCAUCGGGGCUCCUUCUCAAUGGAAAAGAAGUUUCGACUUGCGGGAUGUCGUUGGUCUCCAUUCCCGGAUAUGGUGAUUAUAACGUCAUCACCAUGGACUUGGAUUCUAAAUGGGAAACUUACAGCCAGGCGAUGCUGUCGCACACCCAGAGAGAUGUGCCUUUUGGGGCGAUAAUGUACGGCACUCGUGUGGAAGGUGCCUUUGCCUGGCGUAUUGGUGGAAAGCUCUAAUUCUUUCAUUCACUUAUUACUGAUAGUCACUAUUUCCAUAAAUAUUAUCUUGCUGAUAAAGUGGACAUGGGGAACAUUUUUUUUCUUCGGGGAGAGAGCUAUUUCAACAAUUCAAAGAUGAUCGAAAAUAUGAAUAACUUUUUUACAAGAAUACCUGAUUUAAUUUUUAUUUUCAAAAAAGUUUAGGAGAUGUAGUGUUAUUUUUAUCAAAACUGUACUGUA